UUCUGACUAGUGCUGUUCCCGGACCUUUUCAUGUGAUGCACUUCCUCCUCACUUAGUCGACAGGAAGUAGCGGCGGUGUAUGUUUUUAUUCUAGUUCACUGACGGGAGGAAGAACUGCAGUGAAGAAGUUGUGUCGGGAAAAGGCGUUUUCGAAUUUUCACCUAAACGAGUCGCUUUUCCGCCGAGUAACACUUUUUCAGGACGACAGCAUGGUUUGCGAUAAAUGUGAGAAGAAACUUGGAAGAAUCAUCACUCCAGAUACAUGGAAAGAUGGUGCCAGGAAUACAACAGAGAGUGGUGGACGAAGGCUGAAUGAAAACAAAGCACUGACAUCUAAGAAGGCCAGGUUUGAUCCAUAUGGAAAGAACAAAUUUGCCAUUUGCAGAAUCUGCAAAAGCUCUGUACAUCAGCCUGGGUCCCAUUACUGUCAGGGAUGUGCUUAUAAGAAAGGAAUCUGUGCAAUGUGUGGCAAGAAGGUUUUGGACACCAAAAACUACAAACAAACCUCGGUAUAAGGAGAAAUGCACUCUGUCACUGAUAGGAUCUGAUUAAGACUUUCUUUCUUGUAAUGCAAGUAAUAUUGAUUUGGAUAUAGAUCAAGCAAAGUUCUAAUGUGGAAAUUCAGACUUCGGGGGGGGGGGAUAGAUUUUUUUUUUUUUCUUGAACAUUAAAGGAAAAAAUACUGCUUGUUGCUUUCCUAAAACAGCCCUGUGGACAGAAGGGGGAUAUCAGAUCAUUAAAUCCAAAGCUGAAGAGUAAGACCCCACAUUCUUGCAAUUUGGUUUGGCUUUGAAACAAUUUCAUUUUUGAGUAGUUAUACAUUAAGCAAGAUUGUUUUUAUAUGUUUACUUCAAAUACAAUUCCAAUAAAGAUAUGUUCUAAAAGGACUUUUGUAAAUUUGUCCUUCUAACAGUGCCAAAAAUAAGCUAGGGUGUAUCUGAAUGUAGAUUAUAUUUAUAUCCUCACAAAGGUGAUACUGAGAUUGUCGGAUUCCACUAGUAUUAUAUUCGUUUAGUUACAUGACUCUUCAUCCUUCCUCGGAUAUAUUUAAUUAGUACUGUGUAACAAGAUGUAGUCAACAUCU